UGAAAUUUUUUUACAGAAAAAACUGUAAAUAAUUAUUAGUUAACAUGCAUGAUCGUGAAUUUUAUAUUAUUUAGAUUAAAAUUCCUAUCUUUAUCAUCUGAAAACAUCAUAGCGGCUAUUUAUCUUUUCAUCUUCGGAAAAUCAUACCUACAGUUCUCGAAAAAAGUAAUCGGAAUUACAAAAUGUGUAAAAAUAGAAACCCAGUGAUUAGACUUUCUUCAAAUUUUGUAAGAUUGUUGUCAAAUAUGUUAUACAUUAUAUAUAUUAAAUUUCAGCCCUCUAUUGUCUUUUGAUCGAUUUUUUUUAAUUUGAAAAAAAAGCGAUCAAAAUUUAAGCUGUAAAUAUAAAUAAUUUUUAAUUAAAAUUGAAUAAUCAUAAAUUUAA